AUGGCCACCCACCGCGCCGACGCCAGUAAUCUGCUCGACAAUCGAGGCUAUUCAGGCCCGCUGAUCCGCGGCGUCAACCCCGCUACGUUGUUCGAAAAAGCCGUGCGCGAUCGGAUCACCGACUCGUACUACUGGAAAGAACAAUGCUUCGGCCUAAACGCGGCGACACUGUGUGAUCGUGCGGUGGAACUCAAGUCCAUCGGAGGAACCUACGGGGCCAGCCAGAAGCCGACGCCGUUCCUCUGUCUGGCCUUCAAGAUGCUGCAGCUGGCGCCGGAGCGGGAGAUCGUGCUGGAAUAUCUCAACUUCACGGAUCCGGGAAGCGAUGCGGAGGAUGCAGACGGCGAACCAAACGAGAAUGGAGCGGUCGUCAAGGCGCGGGGCGACUUCAAGUAUCUGCGCGCUCUGGCCGCGUUCUACAUCCGACUGACUUUCGAUCCCGUCGAUGUGUACAAGACCCUGGAGCCGCUCCUCCUGGACUACCGGAAGUUACGGCGCCGGAUGCGCGAUCACUACGUCCUGACUACCAUGGACCAGUUCGUGGAUGACCUCCUCACCAAGGACCGUGUCUGUGGCACGAGUCUGUGGAAGCUGCCGUCCCGGCAGCAGCUUGAGGACUUGGAUCUUUUGGAGGAGCGGAUAAGUCCGCUGGCAGAUGAGCUGGAAGAGUUAGAUAAGGAGAAUAAUCCUAUCAGAGACAUUUCCGGUCAUAGGUUGUGUUUAUCACAUCCAGGAUGCGGUGAACACUCAUCCUCUCUCCGUCAAGGAAAGACGAUAUUCGAGCACCACAAGACCGGAACGACUACUGGCGCGCAGGCCGCUCCUUGGGACGAAAACCAAGAAGUCGAAUUCAAACUGCUUCGUAUUACCCAGGCUGAUACGCGGCACUCGGGCCUGCUCUCGAAGUAA